CACAAACUCAGUCAGUGUUCCAGCUAGGUCGGGUUAACAGGCCCGGCGCCCUGCCCUUAAUCUGUAAAUUAAAAAUGCGCCCUGCCCUUUUUUCUUACGCCCUGCCCUAUUUCCACGCGCCCCGCAAUAUGCCCUGACGAUUUUUUUUAUCGUCUUUCAUCUCCGUAACUUCAGCUCCGAACUUUCCGCCCGUCGUUUCUUAAUUUACGUAACUUCCCGCUUCCUAUCUGCUCGCGCAUACCGUCGAUCCAUUCGACUUCCGCCUUACAAUAAACACAGAAAAUUUACAAUGCCUUCUCGCCAAAGACGUAUUCAAGAACUCAGCAAAUCGGCGAAGAAAUGCCACAACAUCUUGUCAAUGUUCAGAGGGAUUGAUUCUGCUCCAAACACAGAUGACGAGUCUGAUGCUGACAACACAUCACGCCCAGCUUCACCAUUCCCAGACAACACAUGUCCAGUAUCACCUUUGCCUAACAUAUCACGCCCAACUACACCUGUUCCAGAUGAUUGCCGAUCACUUCCUAAUCCUGCCUCACCAUUUUUGCCCAUUGAUGAUGUUUACCAUUCUCACACUCUGACAGAAUCACCAGCAGCAUCCCCAGUGAGAAUACCAGCCUGUAAGCGCCGCCUGGAUGAUACACCAGACGGAACUCCGUCAAGGAAGCGACAUACUUCUGGACAUCGUUUAGGUUUCAAAUCUGAAUGGACAGUCGACAGACCAUGGUUGAUAAACAGAACAGUCUGUACUGAUGAAGAGCCCUAUGUGGUCAUGUUAUGCCGUCUCUGUAUCAAACACCAGACUUCUACCUCAGUAUGGACCGUUGAUGGAUGUCGCACCCUUCGUCUCGACAAAGUGAAGGACCAUGAGAAGAGUUCACAGCACAAGACAUCAUUAGCCAAAGAAGAUGCCAGGUCAGCUGGAGAAGCACAAGCAACGUCUGUCUCCACAUCCACUGAGAAAGCUGUUAGGGAUGCCCUGAAGGUCCUCUUCUACAUCGUGCAGAACAACCUAUCCCUGGAUCUUUUUUCAUCAAUGGUUGACAUGUGUAUUGAUGUGGGGUCUCCAACUUUACAGCACCUUAGACUUGCCAAGAAUGCUUCAUAUACGAGUUGGGACAUUGUACAGGAGCUGUUGUCUUUUCUAAGUGAAGAGGUACAGAGGACAGUCUUAACAGAAAUUCGCCAGAGCCCCUGCUAUGGUCUUAUGGUGGAUGAGGUUUGUGACGUUGUUUCUAACAAACACAUGGCUAUGUGCUGCCAGUACAUCACCCCAGAUGGAGACGUGUCGUCAGCGUUUCUGUGUGACCCCUUCAUCAAAGAUGGAAAGGCAGCUACCAUCGUUGAUACCAUCCAGGAGGAGAUAACUAGCUUGACCUUGGACUCACAGAAGAUGGCAGGGUUUGCAUCAGAUGGGGCUGCUGUCUUCACAGGAAAACAUAAUGGAGUGGCGAAACGAUUGAAGGACAUCAGUCCAGGUUUAAUCACCAACCAUUGUAGGGACCAUAGAUUAGCUCUGGCCUGUAGAGACAGUUUCAAAGAGGUCAAGGUAGCCAACAAAGUGGAUGAGACUCUUGAAAGACUGCACAAAUAUUACAAAUACAGCACAGUCCACACUGCCACCCUGAAGGAAGUCCAGAAAGCUUUUGGAGAGCCAACACUUUGUGUGCAGCAGGCAAAACAUCACAGAUGGCUGAGCCACUCCAAAGCUGUGACCUCUGUUGCCAGGAGCUUCAAAAGCCUCAUAACAGAUCUGGAGCAGAACACCAUCUCUGCUGAUGCAGUUGGAAAUGGUAUCUUGAAGCUGAUGAAAGAUCCUGCAGUAGUUCAGACCAUCUUCUUCCUGGCCGAUGUGUUGCCACAUCUUGCAAGCCUUUCCCUGUUUUUUCAGAAGCAAGCAGUCAACAUGGGAAUGGUAGGGGCUGUUGUCCAGAAGACAUUAAAGAGUCUGGAGAUGAGAGGAAAAGAUGAUGGACCAUGGUUGAGGAAACUGGACAGCGUCUUACAGGAUUGUGGCGUGGAUACUCCCGACACCAAGGCCAGAGAAAGUUUCAGGAAACAGGUCAGGGAGCCAUUCAUCUCCACGCUCAUCAACAACAUUGAGAACCGUUUCAAGGACACUGAGGUAAUGGACAACCUUGCCAUUCUGGACACUUCAUCCAUCGAGUCUGCUGGGUGCUUUUAUGGAGUGUCGGAGAUGGAGCAUCUUGCAAACCACUACAGCCUUGAGGAGGAGUCUUUAGUAGUGGAAUGGACAGAUUUCCUCAACUUCAUCACUGAGAGAGAGAGUUCCUGUAACAUGCUGGCAUGCCUCAAACUUUUUCAUGGACAGAAUGACUUGGGACUGAAGGCACUCUUUCCAAACAUUUCCUCACUUUAUGCUAAGGCAUGUGUAAUUCCUCUUAGUACAGCUGAAGUUGAGAGAGUCUUCUCCCAGUUAAAGUUAAUUAAGACAGCUCAUCGUAACAGGAUGCACCAGACCACAUUAAACCGGCUACUGAAUGUGAAAUUGAACUGUUCAUCGGAGAUGUUUGAGGCAGUUCUUCCAGCAGUCACCAGGAAAUGGAUUUGUGCAAAGAAUAGGAGGCUCCCGACUCUCAUUGCCCUUAACAAAGCCAGUGCCUGUUAGACUUCUUGUGACAAAGGAUUUCCCCACUAACAUAUCAUGAAAUGACUUAUGUAGAUGUCUUAUUUAUCAGAAGAACCUGUGAUGGUGAUACAUUUUGAUUACGAUUUAUCAGAACCUGUGAUAGUGAUACAAUUUGAUUAGAAAAAUGUAUUUUCAAAAAUGGUAUUAUAUUUUGAGAUUCUAUGUUUAAUUUUGUUGUUAUCUUUCAUUUCAUGUUAGAUUUAAAUGGAUUUACUAACUUAU